AUGGGUGGACAAUCAGCCCGUGGCCGGAACAGCGUCUACAUCCCGCCCAAGCCUCCGUCAGGCGAACCUUAUCCCCUCUCUCCCCUCAUCCUCACCUCCCUCAUCGUCUUGGUGUACACCUUAGCCACUAUGCCCCUCCUCCCCGCGAGUAUGAAGCAGGGUCUUGGCCCGCUGUCCCAGCGCAGCAUCAGCAGUUUCAGCCAGCUGGGAGGCAAGCCGCAGAACCAGUUCCAGUUCUCGUGGGACCACAUUCUCGCCAACAUCGGCGCUCCCGCUGGUGCGGCCCCUGGCGCCGUGAUCGCGAGUCCGUCGAAGAAGGAUCCGGACUACUUUUACACAUGGACGCGCGACUCGGCGCUGACCAUCAUGUCGCUUUUGCCCGGUAUUCUGCCCGCAAAGUAUCUCCGCCCAUGGGACCCGAUACCCCCCGGCAAGCCUGGGAGCAUGAAGGCAGGCUACCAGCCCCUGUUGCGGGAAUACGUCUCCGCCCAAGCUGAGCUGCAACUUGUGCCGAACCCCAGCGGCGACCUGGAAAGCGGCGGCCUCAGCGAACCCAAGUUCCACACCGACCUGACCGCCUUCACGGGCUCCUGGGGCCGACCACAGCGUGACGGGCCUGCGCUGCGCUCCCUCUCCCUAAUCCCCUAUGCGCACUACCUAAUGGACACAGGGGAGGAAACCUACGUCCGCUCUGCGCUGUACAACGCCGACGCCACAAGAGCGCCAAACAGCACGAUCAAGAAUGACCUCGAGGAGGUCGCGCAGCGCUGGUCCCAGCGCGGUUUCGACAUAUGGGAGGAACUGGAGGGACGCCACUUCUACACCGACUUUGUGUCGUGGCGCUCCCUCCAGGCCGGAAGUCACUUUGCGCGGCGGAUGGAGGAUCACGGCGCCGCAGACUGGUAUGCGGGGAAGAGCGCCGAGGUCGCUGCCGUGCUUACCUCUUACUGGAACGACAAGCUGCAGGCGUACGUCUCGAGUGAUGCGCAGGCCUUGGCAGGCGCGAAGCGGGACGGCCUCGAUGCCCAGGUCCUGCUUGCUUUCGUGCAUGCCGGCGACUCAGGGGCGAGGGGCGCAUGGUCCCCCGCCAGCCCCCGCGUUCUCUCCACGCUCCGGGCGUACGUCAAGAGCUUCAAGGGACUGUACAAGAUCAACCCCGAUGCGAGCUGGACCGACGGCCGCCUCGUCGGCCGAUACAGGGAGGACAUCUACGACGGCGUCGGCACCUCGCGCGCCAACCCCUGGUUUAUCUGCACUCACGCCGUGUCGACCGUGUUGUACCUCGCAGCAGCCCAGCUCUCGGUCGCCGACAGUAUCGUCGUCACUCGCGAAUCCAGGGCUUUCUGGUCCGACAUUACGGGCACUGAGGUGCCCGAGGGAACGGAGUGGGAGAAGGGCGAGCCCGAGUUUGACACUGCGCUGAGGAACGUGCACAGGGUCGCGGACCGGUUUGCGGAGACAGCGGCGACGUUUUACGACAGUGGCCACAUGGCCGAGCAGAUCCAGAAGGAUACGGGCAAACAGACGGGUGCGAGGGAUCUGACGUGGAGCUACGCCAGCUUCAUUGAGCAGGAACGUGCAAAGGAAGCUGCGCUGAACGCAACCCCCAGUAUUCUUGUAUAG